AUGUGCCCCACUCUCCCCUACUACAAGGUACGUCCGUACUUCCAGCACUUGAACGCCGGAUUCAAGACGGCAGCUCUCACCAGAAACCUGAGCGUUGACGAGACAAUGGUACCGUACUAUGGACGGCACAGCACCAAGCAGUUCAUAAGGGGCAAACCUGUAAGAUACGGGUACAAACUGUGGUGUCUGGCAGCCUCCACCGGAUAUCUCUAUCAUGCGGAACCGUACUGUGGGGCCGACACCCAACUGGCUGACACGGGCCUGGGGAAGGGAGCUGACGUGGUGCUGGGCCUGCUGAACAAGUGCGCCGUCCCACCAGGCCAUGCUAUAUUCUUCGACAACCUGUUCACAUCACUCGAGCUCCUGGACGUGCUGUCGGACAUGGGUCUUGGCGGGUGUGGAACCGUCCGCGAAAACAGGCUUGGUGGCGCUCCAUUUUCAGACAAGAAGGUGCUGGAGAAGAAGCAGCGUGGGACAAUGGAGUGGCUGUCUGACGGUGACAACCUGGUUGUGCGGUGGAACGACAAUCGCGUCGUGACGGUGGCGACGAACUGUGAGCCGCUGGAGCCGCUCGUUACCGCCAGCCGGUAUGUGAAGAAGCAAGGUGGCAGGAUCGCUGUACAGAUGCCCCGUCCUCUUCAUGCAUACAACACCCACAUGGGCGGUGUGGAUCUGUUUGAUCAGUGUGUUGCUCUCUACCGCAGUACCAUACGCAGCAAGAAGUGGUGGUGGCCGCUCUUCCAGUGGGGAGUUUACGCUGCCCGGACAAACACCUGGCUCCUGUCUCAACGGCAUGCCAAGGGACCGCAACUUCCCUUCCUGCGGGAGCUCACGUACGUCCUCAUCAAGAAGAACACGGUGCCGCGUCCUCCAGCAAGCUUCUCUGGCCGCCACCAAGCACCAGAAGACCUCCGCUACGACGGUCUACAUCACUAG